GCGAGCCCCCACGCCAUGGCUGAGAGGAAGCAAUCCGGGAAGGCGGCAGAGGACGAAGAGGUCCCUGCCUUUUUUAAAAACCUGGGUUCAGGCAGCCCCAAGCCUCGGCAGAAAUUCUGUGGCAUGUUCUGCCCGGUGGAGGGGUCCUCGGAGAACAAGACCAUCGACUUCGACUCGCUGACGGUGGGCCGGGGCUCGGGGCAGGUGGUGGCCCAGCAGCGGGACGUCGCGCACUUGGGCCCCGACCCGCAGACGCCCUACUCCCGGCAGGGCCGGCGCGCCGGCGGGGAGCCAUCUGUUGAAUCGAGCAGGAAGGUGGAGAUCCGGCGGGCCUCGGGCAAGGAAGCCCUGCAGAACAUCAACGACCAGAGUGAUCGUCUUCUGAUCAAAGGAGGUAAAAUUGUUAAUGAUGACCAGUCAUUCUAUGCAGACAUAUACAUGGAGGAUGGGUUGAUCAAGCAAAUAGGAGAAAACCUGAUUGUGCCGGGAGGAGUGAAGACCAUCGAAGCCCAUUCCAGAAUGGUGAUCCCUGGAGGGAUUGAUGUCCAUACCCGCUUCCAGAUGCCUGAUCAGGGGAUGACCUCUGCUGAUGACUUCUUCCAAGGCACCAAGGCAGCCCUGGCUGGAGGAACCACCAUGAUCAUUGACCACGUGGUUCCUGAACCUGGGACGAGCCUGCUGGCCGCCUUCGACCAGUGGCGGGAAUGGGCCGACAGCAAGUCCUGCUGCGACUACUCUCUGCACGUGGACAUCACCGAAUGGCACAAGGGCGUGCAGGAGGAGAUGGAGGCCCUGGUGAAGGACCAUGGGGUGAAUUCCUUCCUCGUGUACAUGGCUUUCAAAGAUCGCUUCCAGCUCACGGAUUCCCAGAUCUAUGAAGUCCUGAGCGUGAUCCGGGAUAUUGGAGCGAUCGCCCAGGUCCACGCGGAAAACGGCGACAUCAUCGCAGAGGAGCAGCAGAGGAUCCUGGAUCUGGGCAUCACGGGCCCUGAGGGACAUGUACUGAGCCGGCCUGAGGAGGUCGAGGCUGAAGCCGUGAACCGUUCCAUCACCAUCGCCAACCAGACCAACUGCCCCCUGUACAUCACCAAGGUGAUGAGCAAGAGCGCAGCGGAAGUCAUCGCCCAGGCCCGGAAAAAGGGAACCGUGGUGUACGGCGAGCCCAUCACUGCCAGCUUGGGGACCGACGGCUCUCACUAUUGGAGCAAGAACUGGGCCAAGGCUGCUGCCUUUGUCACCUCCCCGCCCCUGAGCCCCGACCCGACCACCCCAGACUUUCUGAACUCCUUGCUGUCAUGUGGAGAUCUCCAGGUGACCGGCAGCGCUCACUGUACCUUCAACACGGCCCAGAAGGCCGUCGGAAAGGACAACUUCACCCUGAUCCCUGAGGGCACCAACGGCACGGAGGAGCGGAUGUCUGUCAUCUGGGACAAGGCUGUGGUCACUGGGAAGAUGGAUGAGAACCAGUUUGUGGCCGUGACCAGCACCAAUGCUGCCAAAGUCUUCAACCUGUACCCCCGGAAGGGCCGCAUUGCUGUGGGGUCUGAUGCUGACUUGGUCAUCUGGGACCCCGACAGCGUGAAGACCAUCUCUGCCAAGACCCACAAUAGCUCUCUUGAGUACAACAUCUUCGAAGGCAUGGAGUGCCGUGGCUCCCCACUGGUGGUCAUCAGCCAGGGGAAGAUUGUCCUGGAGGAUGGCACCCUUCAUGUCACCGAAGGCUCUGGACGCUACAUCCCCCGGAAGCCCUUCCCUGACUUCGUUUACAAGCGUAUCAAGGCAAGGAGCAGGCUGGCGGAGCUGAGAGGGGUUCCCCGCGGUCUGUACGAUGGACCUGUGUGCGAGGUGUCCGUGACACCCAAGACGGUCACUCCGGCCUCCUCGGCUAAGACGUCUCCGGCCAAGCAGCAGGCCCCACCUGUCCGGAACCUGCACCAGUCUGGAUUCAGCUUGUCCGGUGCCCAGAUUGAUGACAACAUCCCCCGCCGCACCACCCAGCGCAUCGUGGCGCCCCCUGGUGGCCGUGCUAACAUCACCAGCCUGGGCUAGAGUUCAGGGCUGCCGUCAGCGGGGGGAUGGGACACCUGAGGACUUUCUGAGACUUCCUUCCUUCCUUCUUUCCUUCCUUUUUUUUUUUUUUUUUUAGGAGCCUGUGAUAGUUACUGUGGGGCAGCCAGUUCCUGGGGCUCCCUCUCGAGCCCCCACACUCCGUCCCUCACCCGGAGUCACCUAUUUUGCUCACCCACCUCCCUACACAUCUAGGAAUAUCACACCCUGAGUCCACCAAGCCCGUACACAGAACCGUAUCCAACACUCAGACAUGCGAAACAAAGCAAAUCACAGUGAGGGUGUUUCUCAUCUCCAACCCGUGUUGUACUUGUCAUCAUCUUCCUGGUCAUCAGGGGAGGGGAAGAUAAAGUGAAUUGCCCAGAGCUGCCGUUUUUCUUUUUAAAGUUUUAGCAGAGUUUUCUUUCUGGGGCUUAGGGUGGGGUGGGUAGGGGAGGGGGGAGAUUUUUUUUUUUUUAAGACAAAAUUGGAAAGCCUAAUUCAUUAUUACUACAAGGGGUUUGAACUGGACAUCCUAAUGAUGCAAUUGUGUAACCAUCAAGCUGAAUCAGGGUGGUGGGCAGACUCACCAUGUCCCUCCUGAGAGGCUGCACGGCAUCCACACCGCCAUUCCAUCGUCUUCUGGGUCAACUGUUAACAAAGGAAAGGUUUUCUUUCUGGCCUAGAUUUUUGCUGCAGAUGAAAUCUUUUGAGGAUUCCCUUCUCUCUUUACCUCUUUUUUGCUCGCGCUCUCUCCCUCUUGCUUUGUCAUUCAUGGAUACGUUCACAUGUCUGCUCUUUCUUUGUGUUUCCUCCAGCCCUCGUCUCUGUUUUUGUUUUUUUUCCCUCCCAUGAUCUUUGCCAAUGACCAGGUCUGCCGUUGUACUGUGGUCCUAAGAACCUGCCUGGAAAGAUGUGAGAUUUGUCAUCGCGACCAUUGUAAGAUGCUGUCCUAGUCUGUAUAAGACCAGUGCUACCCACUCACAUCCCCAGGAUGUGCCUUUGAGUUUGAGAUGAUCCCCAUAUGCAGGGAAGGGCCGAGUUACCUACGCUGUCACACGUGGGCCCAGAAUAGACCUCAAACGGUGCUGAGAUGCUGGAGAAGUCUGAGACUCUAGGACCUGAGAGGUUUUCCCCUGUGCAGUGCUAACUGGGCUAAAGACACAAUCAGAUCUGUCAGUUGAGCCCCCGUAACUUGUGAGCUAACCAGUCUCCAGCCAGCCACCAGCAAAGAGGUGCUGAGCUGAUGGAGUCUGGCCCUGAGGGCUGUUGUUUUCCAUCUAAGUAUCUUUGGGGGGCACCAGAUCACACUGGGCUUCUCACUUUGGAGAAAAAAAAACUUUUUUUUUUCUUGUCCAGUUAUUUAGAAAGACAGCAUGCAAUAUACGGAGGUCUCCUAAACUCAGAAAGUCCAUGGGACGUUUGGCUUAAAGACCAUUUUAGGGAACUUACUUGGUGGUCCGGUUUUGGGACUUUGCCUUUCAACGUGGGUGGUGUGGGUUCGAUCCCUGGUCAGGGAGCUGGAAUCCCACAUGGCUCGGGGCCAUAGAAGCAAAACAUAAACAGAGGCAAUAUUGUGGCAAAUUCAAUGAAGAGUUUAAAAAAAAAAAAAAAAAGACCAUUUUCAUUUGCAAGAGGAAAAAUCUGUUUUGUGAGUCAGAGUUGUGGUGGGGGAAAAAAACUUGUAAAUUUGAUGUGUGGCCUCUUAAAGACCACAGGCGACCUUGUGUCCACACCCUACCCUCUCCUGGUCUCAGACACCCUUUCUACUUUCUACUAGCUGCCUUGUGCCUAUUCCUGUCUUUGUUGAGCUGUGUUGCAUCUUCUUCCAAACGUGUUUACAGGUCCUCCUAAGCCAUGUUACGUUUGCAGGCUUUUAUAAAACCAAAUCUGCUCUCAUAAAGCGUAACAUCAAAAAAUAGGUCAUCCCAUCACGACACUUGUCUCUCCACACGUUUUGCCUUUGGGGUUAUGGUUGGGGUUUAUUUCUUUUUGUUGGUGUUGUUGUUUAUUUGUUAUUUUAAAAGGAAAUUGCACUUUUAAAGAAUCAUUGGUUAACUUAAUAUAUUUGCUUUUUUGUUUUUUUCUCACCUGCACUGCGAGGGAAAUUGAACCAGUCAGAAAAAAAAAAAAGAUUUUUGUUUCAAUUCUAAGAAACACUUGCAGCUCUCUUCUCUUCACUUGAGUCUUCCUGUUUUUCCAUGAUGCUCAUCUUGGUUCUUUUGAUUGUUUCCUUGAGACAACUUAAAACCUGAAGAUUUCUGCAGGCUGUGUAAGCAUGUUUUCCUGUUGGCUUGCUUUGUGUGUCUGUUAAAUGAAUGUCAUGUGUAAAUGCUAAAAUAAAUCGACAGUGUCUCAGAACUGAGUAAAACUGCAGUGACUUGAUGCUCUCAACCAUGUAGGAUUUAAUCAUAGAUGGAUUUUAACCCUUGGAAUUGUGAUUGUGACCCACGAGUGGAGGAAUUUUCAGUGCUAAAGCUCAUUACAUGUGUAGCCAGGAGAGUACCUUUUUUUUUUUGUAACCACUGUCUCAAUGGCAAAAUAAUUAUGGUAAAAAAAAAAACAGCAAAACAAGUCUCGUGUUUAUUAUUCCUUAAGAACUCUGUGUUAUAUUACCAUGGAACGCCUAAUAAAGCAAAAUGUGGUUGUUUCA